UAUACAGAAAACCAUGUGACUCGGCGGUUUUGACGAACACUUUCAAGAGAGAACAAAAUGCACGUGCUGAAAACUGCUGCGCUUUGCUUUUUUAUGGUAGUUCAAGUUGUCGGUGAGUGCAACAUACCACCAAGCCAGUGGUGUAGUAGUGAAGAAGUUGCAAGGACUUGCCAGGUAUAUCAACAGUGCAAAGAUUACAUACAGAAUACCGCCAAUGUACCAGUGAGAUUUACUCUGUAUUAUGAAUCUCUGUGUCCUGCUUGCAAGGAUUUCUUCAUAGAACAGCUGUACGAAACCUUCCAAAAAGUGGGCAGCAUCAUGAACCUGACCCUUGUCCCAUAUGGAAAUGCAUGGGAACAAAAAAUAGGGGACCAAUGGGUAUUUUAUUGCCAAGGUGGAAAGCAACAGUGUAUUGGCAAUGUUAUUGAGACCUGUGCCAUAAACAUUCUCAAAAAUAUUGAUGUUUACUUGCCAUUUAUCCACUGUAUUGAGAACUACUCUGGCAUCCAGCCAAGCAUUGCAGCACAGGGGUGUGCUUCCCAAAUGAAUAUUGACGUUGCACCUAUUUUGAAGUGUUCCACUAGCAAGAUGGGCAGUGAUUUGGAACACCAGAUGGCAGUCAAAACCAAUGCUCUACAACCUCGUCAUACAUAUGUACCUUGGGUUACUCUCAAUGGGGUACAUACCAAAGCAAUCCAGCAGAAAGCUGUAGACGAUUUGAAACAGUUAAUCUGUGAGACAUAUCAGGGUGGUUAUAAACCUGUGGCCUGCUCAAGCUUGAAGAGAUCUGUAAGAAGCUACAAACUUAAUAACAAACCAGAAAUUUGACUGAAAACAUCAAAUGUUUUCUCUCUUAAAAGGUUUAUUUACUUUAUCCAAUUUUUUGUCAAAUUUUGUAAUGAAAAACAGUUGCCUAACAACAGAAUUUAUCUGUGGCAUACAAAAUAUAUCACAAGAAAGAAUUUCAUGUAAAUUGGUACGUAAGUAGACAGCAGUAAAUCAGUUUUGUUGCAAAUGAGAAAAGUUGCAUUUUUCAAAAGAAAUGCCAUUAUUUUUCUAGGAUUUGAGAAGAUCUCAUAUUCUUAAUAAUAAUUAUUUUGUAGAACUUCUUGAUUUAUGAGAGCUUUGACAAAAGUUUAAUUUGGAAACGUUGAUCCCUCCACUCAUAGUUGUUCAUCAGGUAAAUAAAAGAGUCAUUUUUGUCAUGACACAUGGGUCAUUUAAGCAUUGCAGUCUGGGGACAUUUCAGUAUUUCAAUAUUAUAAUAAUGACAAUAAACAUUUGUAAACA